UAGAGGUCGUCCCUCGACGCUGACGACGCGUGGGGACAAGGGACAGCUCCGCACGCGCGUGUCGAUCCUGUUUCCAAUUCCAGCAGAGGCGUCCUGCCGAAGAGUGACGCUAAAACAAGAGGUGCAUGCCACUCCCUUGCAAUCCCCGGUCCCGGGGCUGCCCCACGUGACCACGGGAAUCAGUAAAACGCUGCCCCGGAAGCACAAAUAACGCAGUCACGGUGACAGCAAAAUCCUUCCACAGCCCUGAGAGCGGCGCCCGGCUGCGCUGCGGUUGCGAGCGCGCGGCUCGGCCGCGGCGCGACCGCACGGCCAGCCCCACGACCGCAACCGCGCGCCGCCAGCAGGUCCGCCCACACGCGCGCGGCCGAGACGACCGCCGCCCCCGCGCGCAGGCACCAUGGGCAACGUGGUCGUCGUCCCGCCCAAUAAGGCCGCCGUCAUCUCGGGGGUCGGCGGCACGAAGUUUUUGAUUGGCGAGUGCGGCUGGGCGUGGUGGUGCUGCAACAACGUCGACUACCUCGACCUAGAAUUGAUGCAGCUCAACGUGAGUAGCAGACAGGUCGAGACGGGCGAGGGCGUCAAACUCAAUGUUGAUGCGGUCACGCAAGUGAAAGUGGCCUGCUUUCCGCCCAAUCAUGAAGGCAUGGAGCGCAUGUUAGAUAAGGGCAAUUUGAAGCUGGCCUGCCAGCACUUCCUGGGCGAAAAAACCAAAGCCGUGCAAGAAUCGCUGACGGCGACGAUGGAGGGCCACCAGCGCCAGGUGUUAGGUACGCUGACCGUAGAAAAGAUCUACAAGGACCGCGAGGCCUUCGCGAACACGGUCAAGGAAGGUGUCCUCGAUGACAUGAAGAACAUGGGCUACGAGAUCGUGUCCUACGUCGUCACGGACGUGAGUGAUGAUAAUGGGUACAUGGACGCCUUGGGAGAAACUCAGACCGCGAAAGUCAAUCUCGGCGUCCCGUUGUGUAGAGACGCCUUCACGCCAUCGAGGCGACUCGUGUCCAUCAGACGAGGCCGUGGGUAGUUUCUUUUUUGAUUUUGAGGCCAUUCGGACCGAUUUGACGGAAAUGCUCCGCGCAGGUCAAGCGCGACGCCGCGGAAGGUGUGGCGAUGCAUGAAGCUGAACAAAGGAAAGUAGUAGCGCAGUGCAAGGCCGAGGCCGACGUCGCGGAAGCGAAGAAGCGACAAAGUAGUCGCAUGACCGUCAACGCCCACCAAACGGAGGCCGAGGUCGAUAUCAACAAGAAACGCCAGGCGGAAGAGGACUCGAAGACGGCCUUGAAGUUGAAAAUGGCCGACAAUGAACGGACCGUCAAGUUACGCGAGGCCGAGAUCCAGACCGAGGUCGGGAAAAGAGAAGAGGAGGCGCGGGCCGCGGCCUUGAUCCAACGAGCGGUGGAAGAGCAGAAGGUCAUGAAGGAGCGGACCCAGCAGCAGGUCGAGGAGGCGAAAGUUUUGUUGCAAGUGGCAGAACAACAAGCCUUGACCGCGCAAAAAGAGGCUGAAGGUACGUCUCUAGCUGAACUCGUCGAGAAGCAGAACGCGUCCAAGGCUAUGUUGGUGGAGGCCCAGGCCGAGGCUGAUGCGCAGUUAGCGAAAGCAAAAGCUCGCGCGGAGGAGAUCGCCGCCGUCGGCGCGGCGGAAGCGUCCGCGAUCCAGGCCAAGGGCCAGGCCGAAGCGCUAGUCCUAAAGGAGAAGAACCAGACCUACCAGUACAUGGGCGAGGCCGGCAUCACGGAUAUUGUGAUGAACAAGAUGCCGGAAAUCGCCGGCGCGAUCGCCGCGCCGCUCUCAAAAACGGAGAAGAUGGUCUUCAUCAGCCAGGACGACGCGACGGGCUCCAAGGUCACGAAGGACAUCAUCAAGACCAUCGCGACUUUACCGGAUGCCGUCGAGGGCCUCACCGGCCUGGACCUCAAGAACGCGAUCGCCAAAGCCACUCGCCUCUGAUCCCUCCCUUUACCUUCGUGUAACGAUACCCCGCGUUUCGACUAAGGGUGCCUGGAGCCGCCCGGGCGUUGCCUCGGAGCUCGGCUGGCAGCGGGGC